AUGCCAGAGGCGUGUCUACACACGCUCACACACCUGAGUCAGACAGAGAGACGGGAGAACAGCUGUGUUCCACUCCUCCCCUCAUCCACUCCUCCACUUAUCCACUCCUCCACUCAUCCUCUCAUACACACCUCCCCUCAUCCACUCCUCCCCUCAUCCACUCCUCCACUCAUCCCCUCAUCCACUCCUCCACUCCUCCCCUCAUCCCCUCAUCCUCUCGUACACACCUCCCCUCAUCCACUCCUCCCCUCAUCCACUCCUCCACUCAUCCCCUCAUCCACUCCUCCACUCCUCCCCUCAUCCCCUCAUCCUCUCGUACACACCUCCCCUCAUCCACUCCUCCCCUCAUCCACUCCUCCCCUCAUCCACUCCUCCCCUCAUCCUCUCAUCCACUCCUCCGCUCAUCCACUCCUCCACUCCUCCCCUCAUCCCCUCAUCCUCUCGUACACACCUCCCCUCAUCCACUCCUCCCCUCAUCCACUCCUCCCCUCGUCCACUCAUCCCCUCAUCCUCUCAUCCACUCCUCCGCUCAUCCUCUCAUCCCCUCAUCCACUCCUCCCCUCAUCCACUCCUCCACUCAUCCCCUCAUCCUCUCAUCCUCUCAUCCUCUCGUACACACCUCCCCUCAUCCACUCCUCCCCUCAUCCUCUCAUCCCCUCAUCCUCUCAUCCUCUCAUCCUCUCGUACACACCUCCCCUCAUCCACUCCUCCCCUCAUCCUCUCAUCUCCUCAUCCACUCCUCCACUCAUCCACUCAUCCACUCCUCCCCUCGUCCACUCCUCCCCUUGUCCACUCAUUCUCUCGUCCACUCCUCCCCUCAUCCACUUCUUCCCUUGUCCACUCCUUUCCUCAUCCACUCCUUCCCUCAUCCACUCAUCCACUCAUCCACUCCUCCCCUCGUCCACUCUUCCCCUUGUCCACUCUUCCCCUUGUCCACUCAUCCUCUCGUACACACCUCCCCUCAUUCACUCCUCCACUCAUCCACUCAUCCACUCCUCCCCUCGUCCACUCCUCCCCUCGUCCACUCAUCCUCUCGUCCACUUCUCCCCUCAUCCACUUCUUCCCUUGUCCACUCCUUCCCUCAUCCACUCAUCCUCUUGUACACUCCUCCCCUCAUCCACUCCUCCCCUCGUCCACUUAUCCCCUCGUCCACUCAUCCUCUCGUCCACUCCUCCCCUCAUCCACUUCUUCCCUUGUCCACUCCUUUCCUCAUCCACUCCUUCCCUCAUCCACUCAUCCUCUUGA